CCACCGGCUUGGAUGGACGCACCGAGGCUGCCCCGGCGUCCACUCAUCUUCUUUUUGAAGUUGAUCCUGAUCGUUUUCUAUGCAGGUAGUUGCCUUGCUCAAUGUGGCAAAGACUGCAGAUCUUACUGCUGUGAUGGGACCACUCCCUACUGUUGCUCCUACUACGCCUAUAUUGGGAACAUUCUCUCGGGCACUGCCAUCGCCGGUAUUGUAUUUGGAAUCGUAUUUAUCAUGGGAGUCAUAGCCGGAAUCGCCAUAUGCAUCUGUAUGUGCAUGAAGAACAACCGUGGGACCCGUGUGGGUGUUAUCCGGACCACCCACAUCAAUGCCAUCUCCUCAUAUCCUGCACCACCACCCUAUAGCUAUGACCAUGAGCUGGAAUACUCUGCAGACUUGCCUCCACCAUACUCCCCAACACCACAGCCUUCAGCAGAGCGGUCACCGCCUCCUCCUUAUCCUGGAAAUUCAAGGAAAUAA